CUGGACGCGCGCACGUGGUGGGACAAGACGCAGCCGCACUCCUCUGAUCCGCGGGUAGAACCCCCCCAACAUGCUCCCGGAGGAGAGGCUGAGGUGAGCGGACGAGCCGCUGGACCGGCGGCGCUGGAGAGCUUUUACGCACGGAGCGGGGAGAACAUGGAGCGCUCCUGGAGGAGGUGCGCGCGGCCGCUGAGGUGGACGUGGCUGGGGAGCGCGCUGCUGCUGGGCGUCCUCGUGGGCGGCAGUGGGGCCCAGUGUGAAGGCUGCAUUGAGUUCUGCUGCGACGGGUCGCCGUCGUUCUGCUGCUCCUACUACGCCUACGUGGGAGACGUCCUCUCGGGCACUGCCAUCUCCGGCAUCGUGUUCGGCGUGGUGUUCCUGAUGGGCGCGGUGGUGGCGCUGUUCCUCUGCAUGAACAUGUGCAUCAAGAACGGGCACGGCGCCCGGGUGGGCGUCUUCAGCACCUCCUACAUCAACACCGUGACCCAGGGGUACCCAGGUCCUCCGCCUCCGUAUCCCUACGACUGUGAGAUGUUCCCUCCGGCCCUCCACCCGCCCCCCUACACCCCGACGCAGCCCCCGCCCGUCACCGGCUCCCCGCCCCCUCCGUACCCCGGCUGCACCGGCAAGUGACGCCCCGGCACUCUGGUUUCCAGGACCGGAGACGUCCGGGGUCGCAGGUCGCGUGGCGGCGCUCCUGCUGAGGGACGAUCAGGGAAUGUGGGUCGCCUCGCAGAUUUCUCUAAUAUCCAGUAUCUUAUCCGCCCCCACCUGGGGAUGGAGCCAGAGCGGGCUGUGAUACUCCUCACACCGUGUCUUUCCUGGACACAAUCUCCAUUUUCUUUUUUUAUCUGAACAUCUGCGACUGAGAUGAUGACUGAAGAUGUUUUAAAGGAGUCGGGUCUGGACCCGUCCACCACUUUUUGAAAAGCUGCCUCACUCGAACUCUAAGAAUUAGAAUUAAAAGUGACCUCUCUGUGCUGGUUUUACUGACGGGUGACUGUGAAUGGAUGAAUCAGGGGAUUCAGACUGUAAAUAAGUGUCUUUUCUUGCUUCCUUCAGUGGCUGUGCUGUUGAUUAAAAUG